AUGCACUUCAAGCUCCCCUCGUGGCUGUCCUGGUACAAGAAGCCGGAGUACCGCGACAUCAAGGAGUACUCCACCAGUAUCAGCACCGGAAAACGCCAACUGAGCCCGGAUGGCCGCAACGGAGGCGUCCCGAGCCGGCUGCGGCUCGAGCGCAUCUUAGCAAACAAGACAUGUCACCCAAUGUCGUUGCAUGAUUUCUACAUGUAUCUCAAGCACAUUGAACAUUCCGAGGAGAACCUCGAGUUCUAUAUGUGGUUCAAAAGCUAUGAAGCGGCGUACGACCAGACGCUCAACGACAAGGACUGCGGUUCGAUCCCAAGUGCUGCCCAGUCCACCUCGUCCGUGGCCCGGAUAAAGCCCGAGGACAGCUUCGAUAUCCAGCACGGCGAUCUCAAGGAAGAAGAGGAUGACGGAAGCGAUGAAGCAGCUGACAAACCGCGCGACACAGCGAGAGAAAUGCUCAGCCGUAUCUCCCAACUCAUCUCCACCACCGCCCUCUGCACCUCCAAAUCCACCCCUUGCUCCUUCCCAUCUUCCCUCGGGACAACCAACCCCAGAUUCCCCCCCAUCCCCAACAAGACACCCUUCCCCUCAGACAAAUCACUCACCGCCGAGCUCUUCACGGUAAUCUCCCUCUUCCUCCUCCCCAACUCACCCAAAGAGCUCAACAUCCCCUCCACCCUCCGCACCCAAGUCCUCUCCAAUCUGUCCUCCACCACCUCCAAGUUAACCAGUCACCCACCACCACCACCACCACCACCACCCCACCCGUCAGCCCUCCGACCCGUCGCCGACCACGUCUACUCCCUCCUGCGGAACUGCUCCCACCGGAACUUUGUCCGCCUCGGCGUCGGCAACGGCACCUUCGAGACGGUGUGCGUGGCGACGGUGCUCGGGUGGACCAACCUGGCGGCCGGGUUCCUGGUCGUGCUGUGCCGCGGCCUGGUGUCGCCGCAUCGCGGUGCCCACUCCCGCUGGGAGGCCUUUACCGCGUGGCCUCUGUGGUGUCUGGGCAUGAGCCUCGUGCUGAGCGGGCUGAGGGGCAGCUGUUUCUUCUUGUUGCUGUUUUCUCGGAGGCAGAGGUUGCCGUGGGAGAGGGUUGAUGAUGGUGGUGAUGAUAACCAUAGUGGUGGUAGUGGUGAUCAUCAUAGGCAUAUGGGGGAGCGGGGUGGUGGUGGAGGGGAGGUGAGUGAAGUGCGGUUUGUGAGGCAGGGUGAGGAGAGGCGGGGUGAUCAUUAUGAUAAUUAUGAUGAUGGCAGCAUGAAUGAGAGGGGUAGUAAUCUUGUCUCGACUUGGGCGCUCCUUGCUGCUACUUCCUGCCUCCUUCCGGUGGUACGAGCCGCUGAUACAGCCGGGUUGUGGAGUCAGUGUGGGGGAACUGGCUACUCAGGGCCGACACAAUGUGUGCCUGGCGCGGUGUGCACGAUGUACAAUGACUGGUACUUGCAUCCCGGGGAACACCAGCAGCACGUCCUCGGUCAGGAUGACUACCACCCUCACCACCUCGACCCGCACAACAUCCUCCACAAGCAGUGCCCCAUCCAGCAGUCCCGCUCCCGCCGGCAUCAAGUACCUCAUCACACGGGCUUCGACGUCACCUCCACCAAGCCCGCGCCGGGCAACCCGCUGGGCAACCCACCGCUGCCGGGUUGGACGGCCAGCGGCGGGCUGAACUGGGUCGGCUUCCUCACGUCGGUCUUCAACACGUCGACGGUGCUGACCUACAACUUCGCCUACGGCGGCGCCACCACCAACGCCUCCAUUGUGCAGCCUUACGCGCCCACGGUGCUGAGCCUGGUCGACCAGGUGGCCCAGUUCAGCGCCAGCAUCGCGUCCAAGCCGUCCUCCGCCUACGCGCCCUGGACGGCGCAGAACGCUCUCUUCGGCGUGUGGAUCGGUGUGAAUGAUGUCGGCAACAGUUGGUGGCUGUCGAACUGGGAGGCUGGUGUGCUGGCGCCCAUCAUGGACAGCUAUUUCGGCCGGUUGCAGGUGCUGUACGACUCCGGGGCGAGGAAUUUUGUGUUGUUGAGUGUGCCGCCCAUUUACCGCACGCCAGCGGUGAUCGAACAGGGAACCGACGCCCAGGAGGGCGAGAAAGCUGCUAUUGCCAAGUACAACGAUGCGAUUGCCGCCCGGCUGGCGGCGUUUGAGGCUAAGAACACCGGCGUGACGGCCAAGAUUGUCGACACGGCCGUGCCUUUUAACACGGCGCUCGAUGACCCGACGGCCUACGGCGCGCCGGAUAAUACCUGCUUCAACAGCGACGGCAAGUCGUGUCUGUGGUUCAAUGACUACCAUCCGGGCAUUGAAAUCAACAGACUGGUUGCAAAGGCGGUGGCGGAUGCGUGGAAGGGGAGCUUCUUCUGA